AUGUCGGAGUUGGUUGGGGUUGCCGUUCAUGACUAGCCUGCAUCCCCCUGGUGGACGUCUUUUGCUGACCGAGAGCGUAACUAUCGCGCCCGUCUGGAAACAAACUGAGAAGCUGGAUGCGUUGAGGAGAGCCGCCAGCCUCCAUCUCCCGCUAUUCAACACGAGCGGUUCAGGCUUGGAUUCCUCGCAGCCGUGCAAGCACGAGGUGCCGCUGAGGGAAGCACGUCCAAUAGAGUGCCUGAUGGGCUCGCAUGCUCUCAGCGGGGUCGGAACACAUUCGAGAGCACUGCCUACCUCAUUUAUGCCGCAUGCUGAACAGAGAAGUAUCCAUGGGCGAUAAGGAACCGCCUCCUGCCAACACGGCAGCUCCCGCUCUGCUCAAGAACAUGCUUAUCCUCUCUUCGGUCCCGACGCUCGACGCCGAGCGCGAGGUCGAGCUGACCCGGCGCAAGCCUUCUGCAUUUGGAGGGGAGGCAGCUGAUGUCAAGAGAGGAUGUGAAGGAAUCUCAGCGGAAGCUCUACGACCAACGCAGCCUGAAGAUUCGACAGAGGCCGCUCGAUCGUCCUCGAUUAACUUCCUGACGUGCUUUGCCGUCGCGGCGGCGGGAGCAUCAGCAGCAGGAUUUGGCUACGAAAAUGCCAUUAUCGGCCCUUUAGCGGCGCUGCCCGCAUUUGUCGAGCGGUAUCAGAGCCCAAGCGACACAGCGUCGACGAGCAGUGGCUAUGUCUUCACUGCAGUCCACCAGAACAUCCUCUUCAGCAUCCCACUCAUAGGCUCCAUUAUUGGCGCAGUGCUGGCGACGCCACUCCAAAAUCGAUUCGGCAGGCGUGGUUCUUUGCUGCUAUGCUAUGCGCUCUCGCUCGCACCAUUGGUCCUCGAGCUUUUUGCGCCCAAUCUCGCUGCGUUUGUGCUCGGCCGCUUCUGGAAUGGUAUCUACUACGGUGUGGCUUUAGCCGUCGGGCCUCUCUUCCUCGCCGACUUGGUCCCCGCCGCGAUACGAGGGCGGGCAGUGUCCAGCCAGAACAUCCUGACCGUCGGCAGUCAAACGCUCGCCACUGUCACCGUCUGGGCGACCGAGUCUCGCCAGGGCGCGCUGAGCUACAAGAUCCCCCUCGCAGUCCAGUGUGCCAUCCCAGUUGUGCUAAUCGCGCUGACGCUGCCGCUGCCCGAGAGUCCUGCCUGGCUCGUCAGCAAGGGCCGCCGCGACGCGGCGCGGCGCUCGCUGGCGCGCCUGCGCAGUAGCUCGGCUCAACAGGUCUCCCUCGAGCUCGCCGAGCUCAUCAAAGCGGAAGAGGAUAAGGUUCGGAUGGAGGCAAAGGUCCACUUCUGGGAUAUCUUCCGGCAAAGUCAGCUGGAGCGCACGAUGGUCAGCGCGCUGAUCUUCUCCUUGAACCAGUGCUCGGGAAUCAUCCUCAGCACGACCUUCAGCGCGCUCUUCCUCGUCCAGCUCGGCGUUGCGCAGCCGUUCCUACUCAACGUCGCUAGCAGCCUCUGUCAGCUGGCCGGCGCGAUCACCGCGCCAUUGUUCAUGGAUCGCGUAGGCCGACGGCCACUGGCCAUCUACGGCAUCGCGUUCCUCGCCCUGAUCGACUUCACCACCGGCGCACUGGCGUUCUACAUAAACAAUGAGCGGCCGCAGAUUGCGAUGACGAUUGCGGCGCUGUCGUUCAUCUUCAACUUUUUCUGGACGCUGUCUUUCUACUCGAUUUCGCUCCUAACGCCGUCCGAGUAUCCUGCCGUGCAUCUGCGCACGCCCACGAUGAGCUAUGCGAUCUUCAACGGCCAGGUCACCGCGGUCGUCACGACAUUCGUCGUCCCGCAGCUCACUGCGGCCGACGCGGCGGGCUUGGGCGCCAAGACGUACAUGAUCUUUGGGGCGAUGAACGUCGUCUUUGUCCUGCUCGCGUACGUCUACCUCCCCGAGACGGCCGGCCGGACGCCGCGCGAGAUCGAGGAGCUCUACCGCUCCGGUUUGCCGAAGCGCGCGUGGGCAACCGCCAGCGUUGGCGCACAGUGCUCGCAAAUCGAGACUGAAGAGAGCAUGCAGCGGAUCGUGACGAGCACUACGCAUGCCACGGACAAGACGGCGAACGACGCGCCUAUCCUUGUCACAACAGGAGCAGCAUAAUCGGCGGCGGCGACGGCGUUGCCAUGACUGCAAUGUGCAUUCCCUCAUAGUCUCGCAUUUUCACUAAGUCUUUACAUAUAUGCACCCCAUCCUAUAUCAAAACAUUCCGUCAACCACGCGGAACAACUUCCUCUCCUUUCUUCUCUCUCUCUGUUCCAUCACACAUGCACUCGCAACGUGUACAGUACUGAGAUCUUUUUGUAUUGAAUUAUUCUAUUGAUUUGCUUGGCGUCC